UACUAAGUGUUUCUCCAUCAUUUUUGGAGAGCAUGAGGGUGGUCAUCUUGGUCACGCUGUUUGGGCUCAGCCUCGCCCAGCACAAUGCCCACAUCAAGAAUGGAAGGACAACCAUUGUUCACCUGUUUGAGUGGCGCUGGGCUGACAUCGCUGCAGAGUGUGAGCGUUACUUGGGCCCCAAUGGCUUUGGUGGUGUUCAGAUCUCACCUCCAAAUGAACACAUUGUAUUAGACAGUCCCUGGAGGCCUUGGUGGCAGAGAUACCAACCAAUCAGCUACAAACUGUGCUCCAGAUCUGGCAGUGAGGACGAACUAAGAGACAUGAUUACCAGAUGCAACAGUGUUGGGGUUAACGUCUAUGUGGAUGCUGUCAUCAACCACAUGGCCCGUGCUGAUGGUGGAGAAGGAAAUCACUCUUCAUGUGGAAGCUGGUUCAGCGUCUACACCAUGGAAUUCCCCAGUGUGCCAUAUUCCAGUUGGGACUUCAAUGACAACAAAUGCUACACUGGCAGUGGCAAUAUUGAGAACUAUGGGGACCCCAAUCAGGUGCGUGACUGUCGUUUGGAUCGUCUGUUGGAUCUUGCCCUUGAGAAAGAAUAUGUUAGAGGCAAGGUUGCUGAAUACAUGAACAGUCUGAUUGACAUGGGUGUAGCUGGAUUUAGGGUGGAUGCUUGUAAGCACAUGUGGCCCGGUGAUCUGGACAAUGUUUUCCGUCGUCUUAAGAUAAAUGGGUGUGUGAGCACAGAUGGCGUCAGAUCAAGAACAUGGUCAUUUUCCGUAAUGUUGUCAAUGGACAGCCUCAUGCCAACUGGUGGGACAACCAGAGCAAUCAGGUUGCUUUUGGCCGUGGUGAUCGGGGUUUCAUCAUCUUCAACAAUGAUGACUGGGAUCUGGAUGUAAUUCUGAACACAGGCAUGCCUGCUGGAACCUACUGUGAUGUCAUUUC